AUGGCUUCACAGGCAAGAGUGGGAAAGGGAUUAGAAGAGGAUGGGCUGGUGGGCGGUGGCGGUAUGGUCAUUGGUCAGAGUGUAGACAGGAUUAGUGACUUACCUGAUUCAAUAUUAACUCACAUUCUGUCAUUCCUUCCUACAAAAGAAGCUGUUGGAACCUCUAUUUUAUCUACCAGGUGGAGAUAUCUUUUUGCUUUACUUUCUAAUCUCGACAGAGUCCUGUUUUUCCAUAACACAAGUGUCGAUAAAUUUCGUCUAAAAUGCCGGAAAACUGUUGAUUCUAGACGCGUUUGCGGUUGGAUAUCUGCUGCACUUUGGCGUGUUCUGUUUACUUGCAGUACAUUAAUAACUUUGAAACUGGAUAUUGGUUUCCUUUCGGAUGUUCCAAAGGGUGUAAUUUUUUCGAAUCUAAAGACCCUUCAUCUCAGAUCAGUCGUAUUUUUUAGUGAUGAUUCAGUUGAAAGUCUUAUCUCCAGCUGCACUAGUCUUGAAGAUAUGGUCAUAGAGAAAUGCCAUAUGUGGAAUAUAAUCAACUUUAAUAUCUCACACCAUUUGCUCAGGAGAUUGACUAUACUUUACUCUGAAUGUGUUAGUUUCGACUUUUGGUUAAUGAUUGAUGCCCCAAAUCUAGCCUACUUUAAAUACAUCGACCAUGUAGUAGCAAGGUAUUCACUGGAGAAUCUGCAAACUCUUGUCAAAGCUGAUUUGGUAUAUUCAAUAACAGUAAGGUUCAUUCUUCUUUUAAGCUGUGAACCGCUUCCUGUUUUUGCUACCAUGAUGGAACUUAAGUUAGGUGAACUUUGGUCAAGUUUUAAAUGGCUUCAUUGGGAAACAAGACUUGAAACUCUACCGUCAAGUUCGCCUGAGCUAGAACAACUUGACUUUGAUCAGAAAUUUCUCAGCUCUUUGCCUGAUAAAGGGAACAUCCUUUCCCACCGUAUGAAUGGUGGGAAGCCAAGCACCGAUUGA